AUGAACGGUGCAAGAGGCUCAGAAGCAAAGCUGGAGGUGGGCCGUGAGGAGAAGUGGAGCCAUGCUGGUCUCGUGCAUGAAGCUGACUCUGCAUCUACAAAUCCCAUCAUUGGUGCAGACGAGGAAGAAGAGGGUCCCCAGAUUUGCCGUGUAUGUGGGGACAAGGCCACUGGUUAUCACUUCAAUGUCAUGACAUGUGAAGGAUGCAAGGGCUUUUUCAGGAGGGCCAUGAAACGCAAUGCCCGGCCCCGGUGCCCCUUCCGGAAGGGCACCUGUGAGAUCACCCAGAAGACCCGGCGCCAAUGCCAGGCCUGCCGCCUUCGCAAGUGCCUGGAGAGCGGCAUGAGGAAGGAGAGUGAGCAAAGGCUGCGGGAGCGGGCGUGGGCGUUGAUCAUGUCUGAUGCGGCUGUGGAGCAGAGACGGGCCUUGAUCAGGAGGAAGAAGAGAGAACGGAUUGAAACUCAGCCCCCUGGAGCCAAGGGUCUGACUGAAGAGCAGCAAAUGAUGAUCAGGGAGCUGACGACUGCUCAGAUGAACACCUUUGAUAGCACCUUCAUUCAUUUCAAGAAUUUCCGGCUGCCAGAUGUGCUCGGCAGUGGCCGCCAGAUUCCAGAGCCUCUGCAGAUUCAGUCCAGGGAAGAAGCUGCCAAGUGGAGGAAGAUCAGGGAAGAUCUGUGUUCAGUGAAGCUCUCCUUGCAGCUGCGGGGGGAAGACGGCAGCGUCUGGAACUACAAGCCCCCAGCCGACAAUGGCGGGAAAGAGAUCUUUUCCCUGUUGCCCCACAUAGCUGACGUGUCCACCUACAUGUUCAAAGGCAUCAUCAACUUUGCCAAGGUCAUCUCCUAUUUCAGGGAGCUGCCCAUAGAGGACCAGAUCUCCCUGCUGAAGGGGGCCGCCUUUGAGUUGUGCCAGCUGAGAUUCAACACGGUGUUCAACGCAGAGACCAGGACCUGGGAGUGUGGUCGGCUGUCCUACUGUGUGGAAGACCCUGCAGGUGGCUUCCAGCAACUUCUCCUGGAGCCCGUGCUAAAAUUCCACUAUAUGCUGAAGAAGUUGCAGCUGCAUAAGGAGGAGUAUGUGCUUAUGCAGGCCAUCUCCCUUUUCUCUCCAGACCGUCCAGGUGUGGUGCAGCGCCUCGUGGUAGACCAGCUGCAGGAACGGUUCGCCAUGACCCUGAAGGCCUACAUCGAAUUCAACCGGCCCCAGCCCGCCCACAGGUUCUUGUUCCUGAAGAUCAUGGCCAUACUCACCGAGCUCCGCAGCCUCAGUGCCGAGCACACCCAACAGCUGCUGCGCAUCCAUGACGUUCACCCCUUCGCCACCCCACUCAUGCAGGAGCUCUUCAGCACCACAAAUGGCUGACUGGCCGCCCCAGGGCAGAUGGACGCCGACAGUGCCGGACAGGUCCUGCUUCCCCAGGGGUCUCACAGAGACAGCCGCGAUGAUGGCGGGCUAGCAUUCCUCAGUCCCCAGCUCGGUCUGGGGAGAGCCGAGCCCAAGUGCCUUACAUGGAGACUGUGCUGGCCCCUAGGUCAGGCCCUUAGAGAGGCAACGCACCCCUCUCCCCUUAGAAGAGGCCCUGGGUCUGGGCAUCUAGUGUCACGGUGGGAGAGAGGAUAGGAUGCCUGGGGCUGGGGCAUCUGAGGGUCUGUGCCCACACCCAACUUCAUUAGCUUCUUGGGUUUUUUUCACUGCUUCAUCUGCUACCCCACCCUCUCCCACUUGCCAGCCAUUCCCAACCCACAACCUCCAGUCCCAAGUUGCUCUGUGAGUUCCAGGCCUGUGUCCGCUAAUGCAGGUGCAUUAGAGUUGAGGGAGUCCUUUAGAGAGAGGCCAGAAGGCCUGCACUGUCACAAGGUUGUCAUAACCUCUUCUGCGUAUUCUCCCCUCAUUCUGUUUCCAUUCAUGAAAACACAUCAUUACACACUGACAAUAUGCACCCUGCUGUGGGGAGUACACGCUGACUCAGACAUGGAUCCUGACCUUGAUGGGGGUGUGUGACUUGAUGCAGGUCAGCUUCACAACCAAACUGGGGCUGGUUCCUCCUGAGACUGGAACACUGAGGACUCCGUGAUGAGGCUAUAUGGACAGCAGUUAAUAAAUGUGUUCCUUUUUACACAUGUUUUCAAAGCUAGAGUAUGAGAGCCUCUGCUUUAUAACCAUUUUGAGUAAAAAUGUUUCUGCAUUUUUCGCAAAUUACAUUUUCAUGAACUUUACAUAGGGCAUCCCAUACCUAAGAACCAGUCUUAUCACAUAUGAUCCUAUGGUUAAUGUCAAAUCAAGGCAAGAGGACUUAAAUAAUUAACUUUUGGUUAGAGACUUAAACUUUUUUGGCCUUCCUUUCUGGGGGAAAAAGAAAUGUGGGGAUGGUGAAAGAGAAAUAUAUUUGUAUAUAUUUCUGUUUUUACAAUACAUACUUUACUAUUGCCCUUU